AUACACAAGAACCCAGACUAUCAAAAUCUGAGGCUCCUCUCACAAAUAUCCAUUUUCAUCUAAGGGAAAAAGAAGUCCUACGUGGCAUUUUCAUUUCCCAUUUCCCUUUCUCCUUGGUCCCUAUUGUUCUGUUCUAGUCCUUUCUCAACUAUGGCAACCGGGCUGUUGAGGAGGUCUCUGUCUAGGGUUCCAUCGUCCCCGGCUUCUAAGCUGGCCCUAAUCCGGGCCCACGCGUCGGAGCCUGAAUCCCAGCAGGUCGAUGCCAAGGCCCGCGGCACCUCCACGAUGAAGACGUUCCAAAUCUACCGUUGGAACCCGGACAGCCCGUCGAAGCCGGAGCUGAAGAACUACGAGAUCAACCUCAAGGAGUGUGGGCCCAUGGUCCUAGACGCCCUCAUCAAGAUCAAGAACGAGAUCGACCCGUCGCUCACGUUCCGCAGGUCGUGCCGGGAGGGGAUCUGUGGUUCUUGCGCGAUGAACAUCGACGGUUGCAACGGCCUCGCGUGCCUGACGAAGAUCCCUUCGUCUAACGCAUCGACGAUCACACCGCUGCCGCAUAUGUUCGUGAUAAAGGAUUUGGUGGUAGAUAUGACUAAUUUCUAUAACCAGUACAAGAGCAUCGAACCGUGGCUGAAGAGGAAGAACCCACCGUCGGUGCUGGGGAAGGAGAUCCUUCAGAGCAAGAAGGACCGCUCCAAGCUUGAUGGGAUGUAUGAGUGUAUCCUGUGUGCCUGCUGUAGCACAUCCUGCCCUAGUUACUGGUGGAACCCUGAAUCUUAUUUGGGCCCUGCCGCCUUGCUCCACGCUAAUAGGUGGAUAAGUGACAGUCGCGACGAGUACACUAAGGAGAGAUUGGAGGCCAUUAAUGAUGAAUUCAAGCUCUAUCGCUGCCACACCAUAUUGAAUUGUGCUCGUGCUUGCCCAAAGGGUUUGAACCCCGGAAAGCAAAUCCAACAUAUCAAGUCACUUCAGCCCAAAGCUUGAAAUUCUAAUUUUAGAGGCAUGAUGACGUUUGCAUUUCAUCAUUGAUGCUGGGAUUUUGUUUUUCCUUCAUAUGCGGGGGUAAAAUAGCCAAUAAAAAGCUGAUCCCGCUUUUGUAAAACGUUCUUUUAUUUAGAGUGGUCAGUGUUCAUUGCUUUUGGAAUAAAUAUUAAUGGCCAAUUGGAUACCAAACUGAUGGUAGCCUUUUAAUUACACAUGCUGCAGUGAUUUUGUUUUGCCAAGAUCAUAUUUUAUUGUAGUAGGCACGGCUUCACCAAUUUGUCUAAAGUUGACACACUUUCUUUUGAAGUUUUUUAAUGUGAAUAUCCUCAUUUGAAAUAA